UGUUCAGCUCCCGCGGAGAAGGGAGAAGCCUGUACCGCCGUCGUGGGCGGAGGACAAGCAGGGGACCGCCGGGAUUCUGUCCUUCUCUCCCGGAAGCGCUUUCCUGCCCGCCAAGCCCCACUCACCAGGUGGCCAUGGCCUCACUGCCGACUCGGGGCCCCGGGUCCCCUGACUUAUUUUCAGAGCUGCAGCCGGCGGCCUCAGCUCGGGCCAACCAGAGCGCAGAGGCCUCGGCGGGUAACGGGUCGGCGGCUGGCCCGGGCGCUCAGGCCAUCACGCCAUUCCAGAGCCUGCAGCUGGUGCAUCAGCUGAAGGGGCUGAUCGUGCUGCUCUACAGCAUCGUGGUGGUCGUGGGGCUGGUGGGCAACUGCCUGCUGGUGCUGGUGAUCGCGCGCGUGCGCCGGCUGCACAACGUGACCAACUUCCUCAUCGGCAACCUGGCCUUGUCCGACGUGCUCAUGUGCACCGCCUGCGUGCCGCUCACGCUGGCCUACGCCUUCGAGCCUCGCGGCUGGGUGUUCGGCGGCGGCCUGUGCCACCUGGUCUUCUUCCUGCAGCCCGUCACCGUCUACGUGUCGGUGUUCACGCUCACCACCAUCGCUGUGGACCGCUACGUCGUGCUGGUGCACCCGCUGCGCCGGCGGAUCUCGCUGCGCCUCAGCGCCUACGCCGUGCUGGCCAUCUGGGCGCUGUCCGCAGUGCUGGCGCUGCCCGCCGCCGUGCACACCUACCAUGUGGAGCUCAAGCCGCACCGCGUGCGUCUCUGCGAGGAGUUCUGGGGGUCUCAGGAGCGCCAGCGCCAGCUCUACGCUUGGGGGCUGCUGCUAGUCACCUACCUACUCCCCCUGCUGGUCAUCCUCCUGUCUUAUGUCCGGGUGUCGGUGAAGCUCCGGAACCGCGUGGUGCCAGGCUGCGUGACCCAGAGCCAGGCCGAUUGUGACCGCGCGCGACGCCGCCGCACCUUCUGCCUGCUGGUGGUGGUCGUGGUGGUGUUCGCCGUCUGCUGGCUGCCGCUGCACAUCUUCAACCUGCUGCGGGACCUCGACCCGCGCGCCAUCGACCCCUAUGCCUUCGGGUUAGUGCAGCUGCUCUGCCACUGGCUCGCCAUGAGCUCGGCCUGCUACAACCCUUUCAUCUACGCCUGGCUGCACGACAGCUUCCGCGAGGAGCUGCGCAAGCUGUUGCUCACCUGGCCCCGGAAAAUUGCACCGCACCGCCAGAGCAUGACAGUCAGCGUGGUCAUCUGAUGCCAGGCUGUGCCGGGCCUUGGCUGGGGAGCUCCACGUCCACUGGUCUCCGAGGGCGUCCACCCGAGGCUGGACUGAAGAGCUUAAUCUCAGCGUCAGAUCUAAGCCAAUACCAGGCAAAACCUCCAGCCCAGCCAUCUUGCCCAGCUGUCUUGUCUUGUCCUUGUGUCUUUGUAAAACGCUAAGUGGGCUUUGGUGGGAGUCUUGUGCUUUGCUUGGAGGAGGCCAGGGAGAGGGAAGAGGAUUUAUUAUUUCCUCUUUGUGCCCUUGAAGGCCGAAAAAUCCCCUUUUCCAGGUUCAGAACAGUAUUUCAGAACCGUGGCUGUCUUCCUUGCUUUCCCUUCUGCUCAAUGGUGAGAGGAAGGAACAAUGGGAGUGGGAUUUAAAGUGACUGUGUUGGGGUUGGUAAAGCUUUUAAGGCUUCCUUUUAAAAAGGACUCAACUGUGUUAUAAUACAUGAUAUUGCUUAGUCAAUUUGAACCCAUUAUUUUCUAGGAUUCCAGGAAAACAUGUAUUACAAAUCUACAUCUAGGAUUUCAGCAUUUCCUAAAUAAGACCUUUAUACACCAAAAGGGUUUUAAUUUUAAAUUCACUUGAAUUUAUAGUACAAAAACACAAGCCACAUUUCAAAAGGUCCUGCUAUUGUUUUCCGCCCUCAUUACUCCCCAGCUCCUAUUUGAAAAUGAUGAGAUGAAUUAGUCAGUGAAAAUAUAAAUAAAUAAGGAUAAAGAGGAAAAG